AUGAAGACUUUUUUCAUCUUCGCUCUCUUGGGUCUAGCAGUAGCAAAUACUCCAGAAGCUAUUCUGAAAGAAGAUCACAGUUCAGAUGAAUACUUACCAGAAAAUUUUAAUGUUCCUUAUAUGGUCUAUCUGCAGUCCAAGCCAGAGCCUUGUGUUGGGACUCUCAUCGAUCCUCAGUGGGUGCUCACUGCUGCUCACUGCUCCUUGCCAACUAAAAUCCGACUGGGAGUUUACCGACCCAACAUCAAAAAUGAGAAAGAACAGAUAUGUAGUUACUCAUUGGCUGUAGUCCAUCCUAAUUUUGAUAAAAAGUUCCUGAAAAAUGACUUGAUGCUGAUAAAACUCUCAUAUCCUGCUACUAUCAAUACAUAUGUGGGAACUAUAGCCAUAGCUAUGGAACCAAUAGCGUUUAAUGAAACCUGCUUCAUACCAACAUGGACCUGGAAUAACUACAAAAACUUUAGUGAUCCUGACGUCUUGACAUGGGUAAAUGAGUAUUCCCUUUCCCCAAGUGACUGCUGGCGCAUUCUCCAUCAACAGAAACAAGAAACAAGACUAAACAUUAUGUGCAUAGGAUAUUCAUCUAAUGCUGUACCUGCAACUAAGGAAGUCUCAGCUGCUCCAGCCAUCUGCAAUGGGAGGGUGCAUGGAAUAUUGGCCUGGGGGGAAAGCAGGUAUAACCAAGGGAGGUGA